CUUUCUUCAUCAUGAUGCGAGCCGACGACAAAACGGAGGCAGGAAGAGAUCUCCUGAUUGCACUCUUUCCGUCAAGGCGGGCGAGUGGGCGCACAUAGCAGACGGGCAAUUUGCAAUGACGGAACACGCUCACACACUGGAAUACGUGUCUGUCGGUCAACCGAAAGCCUCUCACCGAACAAAAGGACGACACGCCAGACACAUGGAUCUCUCUCUCUCCGCAUGUCUGGUUGAAAAACAGGGGCACCGAAUCUGCAUAAAGCGGCCCCACCCGCCCGCUACACCACACCACACCACACGGCAUCAGAGAAGUGACUGUCUGUCUACCUGUCGUUGAUAAACCACACACACACAGACACAAACGAUAAAAGCACACAAAAGACAGACACUCACUAGACCCCCAUUAAGCUGACGCAGCCGCUCCACGCACGACACACGACAGACACACACCCACACACACACUUCCCUUCACCGCUCUGCAGUCGGCGGAGGCAUGGCGAAAGGGAUGCGCGGCGCGAAAGGCAGCUGAUGGAUGCUGCCCUCCACUAACCCCCCCUCUCCCUCGUGCACAGCCAACUCGUCACACCCAAAGUACUCAACCAUCCCGGCCUUCUCCACACGCACCGGGUCGUCGCUUCUGUCGAUGACGAGUGUCGCCCUGAAGUCUUCAUUCGUGUCUGCGUAUUGGGGGACGACCAUCGGCUCGUCGCGGACGAACUGGCGGCUGAGCUCCCACAAGUGGUUGGAGAUCUGCCAGUCUUGGUCGUCGAAUUUUCCCAUGUCGAAGAAGUGGCCAGUGGCGAAGAGAUAGUCCAUGUCCAUCCCUGAGCAGUCAACCCACAACACAACACAACACAACACAUGCCUUGUCCCUCUCUCUCGCCCUCUGUGUGUGUGUGUGUGUCUGUGUUACCGUGGUAUGCACCGCUGGCAUUCAUGGCCUCCAUUGUGGGUGUGACGGUGUCGAAAAAGAGCAGGUAGGCGGCCGCCGGGUGUGAACGCAUCAUCAGGUCCGUCCAGCAGUUGGUCGAUAACGCACCCAGCAGACGGGCUGACACACACACAUAUGCAGACUCAUACCUAUCCGUCGGCACGCCCCUCUCACUUCGACCCCCUCACCGUAUGCCCGCAGCCAUCCGUCGGUCUGCCCUCUGCUGUACUGAGUGGCCAGCAGCCGCGCCCCCGUCUCAUUGCCAUACGACUGCAGCAUGGUCUUGUUGAACAUGUCCUCAGUCAUGCUGCUGCUGCUCAUGUUGCGCGUCCACCACUGGGUCUCCUCCGACACACUCGACAGCAGCAGAGGCACUCUAGCCACGUCACCGGCCUAAUUGAGAGGAUGCGCCGAUGACAGUGGCGCUCGGUGUGUGCAGGACUGUGUGUGCUCUCACUGACCUCCAUGGCUUGCAGGGGCGUUGUGAAUCUGAGGACAUCUCCGUCGAUCACGGGCGCAGGGAAGUCGCGGUAGGUCGUCCUCUUGUCGUCAAACGAAUAGUCGCUCGGUGCGCUGGCCACCACCCCAGUGCUGCCUCUCAGACCACCACCACCACCACCACCACCACCGGCAGCACUUCCGCCUUGCCUCAGCGCCGUCCUCCACUCAGGCAACGAGGGGUCGCACUGACACACGCCAGUGUCCAUUGAGGAGGGGGAGGCCUCAUUCAGGCUGGUGGCAGAGGCGUUCAUCAGCCCCUCCAGGCUCUCCACACCCAUAGCCUCCUCGAAGCCCUUUCCCCGGAUUACCAGGCCCUCGGCGAGAGUGAUGGGCCGAAAGCCAGUGGAUGGCGAGAAGGCCGCCGCGCGACGGAAGAAGGGCCACGACUCGUUCCAGGUCAGGUGGUAGAGCACGCUGUCUGCGCCGGCAGAGUAGCCGACCAAUGUGACGUCAUCUGGAUCACCGCCGAAAGCCGCGAUGUUGUCCUUCACCCACUUUAACGCCAUCAGCUGGUCGUGCAGGCCGAAGUUGGUCUGCUGGUCCGCGAGAUCAGGGUGGGCCAUGAAGCCGAACACGCCGAGACGAUAGUUCAUCGCCACCACCACCGUGUCGGUCGCAUUGGCAAACAGCGACUUGUCCUGGUCGUAGGCAGAGCCGAUUGCAAAGCCCCCGCCGUGGAUAUACACCACCGUCGGCAGCUCCUCCCUCUGCUGGCCUGCUGCGGGCGUCCACACGGCCAGCUCGAGGCACUCCUCUGACUGCGGCACAUGUGCCAUCAUGUCGGGGAAAUCCGCCUUGACCUGGAUGCACCGCGUCUUGCUCUCAGAGCCGUUGAGCACUCCGUCCCAUGGCUGAGGUGGCUCAGGCAGCUGCCAGCGGGCGUGCGAGGCGUAGGGGAUGCCUUCGUAGACCCGCACGCGGUCAGAUGCGUUGGAUCUGUGGCCGAGUACGUCACCAUACUUGGUCGAGACGACUGCCUGAGGCUCGGGGUCCGCGAUGAGCUGACCGAUGGCCACCUGAAGACUUGCGACGAGCAGCAGCAGCGGAAGGGUCGCCACACGGACACGCUCACUGACAGGCAUCGUCAGGACCAGAUCUUCCCCUGAAAAAGCCUGCCCUUUC